UAAAUGAUUUAAAAUUUUAAGAAGUCACUUUAUAAUAUCAUUUUUAUAAAAAAAAGAAACAUCUGUGAUCGAUUUACAAAUAAAUUUAUAAAAAUAAAUCUACAAAUAAAUUUAUUGUUGUUUUUUUUUUUGCAAAUAACAAAGUAAUAAAAAUUAAUUUACCGUGAUGAUAAAUAUUAAAACGAAAACAAAAUGAAUGAAAUUGAAACAAUUAUUGGCACCAAUGAAACCGAAAAAUUACCAAAUAAUUCUAGUGAUGUGAACAUUUCAAUGGAUAAUUUGUAUCCAGCGUUAAUACAAUGCUUUACUUGUAUUAUUGUUGGGUAUUUUGCCGGAAGGUUGAACAUUAUCUCAAAUACAGAAGCCAAAGGUUUAGGAACAUUUGUGGGAAACUUCGCUUUACCUUCACUUAUUUUUUUGUCUUUAUCCGAGUUAAAUUGGACAGCAGUUAAUUGGACGUUCCUUCUGUCAAUCUUUAUAUCGAAGGCUAUUGUGUUUUUUUCAGUUAUAAUAAUUAGUUUACUUGUUAUCCGACCCAUUAAUUUGGGGAAAUCCGGUUUACUGGCGAUAUUCUCAACACAGUCUAACGAUUUCGCAAUCGGAUAUGGAUUGAUAUAUGCAUUGUACGGUACAUCUCAUCCUGAAUAUGCUUCAUAUAUAUACCUUCUGGCACCUAUAUCUUUAGCUUUAUUAAAUCCAAUUGGGUACAUUUUACUGGAAAUAACGAAAAUAAAACAGAAGAACGAAACAGCUAAUAACACCAUUGUGAGAUGUCCUCAGUCACACGAUAAUAGCAACAAUUCUAAUGUUCAGAGAAAAUUGGGUGCUGUUUUAAAUACAAUGAAGAAUAUAUUUUUUAACCCAGUAUUACUAAUGACACUUUUGGGAGUGUUUGGAGGAAUCAUUUUCCCAAAUAGCUUGCCGCUAGCUUUAUUAAGCGUUUUGAAAGUUUUUGGAAACUCCUUUUCCGGAACAGCAUUGUUUUUAUUGGGGAUUCGAAUGGUCGGUAAAGCAAAAACAUUUCAAAAAGGUGGUUUUAUUUUACCUGGAAUAUUGAUCAUCGUAAAGCUCCUUGUUCUACCGAUUAUCACACGCCAAACCGUGAAUUUAAUGAAUGCUGGAGUAAAUUUUACCGAUACUACAGACCUAAGCACAUUUGGAUUUCUCUAUGGAACGUUUCCUGCGGCUCCUGGUGUUUUUGUUAUAGCUUCUCAGUAUAAUCAAGACAUCGACUUGAUUGGGAGUAGUAUGAUUUUAUCCACAUUCGUGUCAGCACCGCUUAUGUUUAUUUCCGCAAAAAUGAUAGCAAUUCAUAAUCUAAAUCCAUCUGAUUACAUGAUUGAGUUGGAUAAAUUUGCUCUGGACAUAAGUAUAUUUUCUAUCGUCGCAGCUAUUUUUGUAGUGCUUCAAUUACUGAUAUCAAAGAAAAUCAAAAGAAUGCCGUAUCGUAUCACAACUUGCUUAGUUAUUUCACAGUUCAUUGAAUGCAUUGGAGUAAUAUUGUGGUCGAUGCUUGGACAAAAUACAGGAUGGCGAAUGGUUCUACAGUUUUGUUUUUUUACUAUUGGUGCAUACAGCUCUCGCUUGUGGACAGCCAUAUAUGCUGUAUGCUUGUUAUUCAUGGAAUGUAGAAGUUUGUGUUUCGUUCUAAAACUCUGGCCAGCAUUUGUUUUGAUUGGCUGGGGUAUUCCCACUAUAUUAGUUUCAAUUUUAUUAAUAUUUGAUCCAGAUAAAAAUAUAUCAGAAAAGAGAAAUCCAAGUUUUCAAUACGGUAAUGCACAAGCAGCCAUAUCUGUUUUUAUUUUGGUCAUGUGUUUUAUAGUUAUUGUAGGCUGUUUGGUUUUGCAUCAACGACAUAAAAGAAUUCAAGAAAAAUAUCUAUCCUUGGUAAGAGAUGUCGUAUCUGAUUCCGAAUUAGAAUCUCCAUUAACUACUGCGAGUACAUCAAAUUUACUUGGCAAUGCAGUGAAUACAAAAAUUCCUCAUAUUAGAUCAUCUGUGAAUAUUCAACAGAUGAAUUUUAAUAAACAUAAUCUUGAUACUGAAUCCUCAGACGACGAAAUAAGAGAAAAUCAAAAAACGUUACACGUUAAUACUUGUUGUAAAAGUUCAACUUUCGAAGAUAAUUGUUCAAUACAAAAUAAUAGCCAUGGGGUAGUCGAUAUUGAAGAUCUUAUACCCAAUGAUGAAACCACGAUUGUAUCUGAAAAGAAUUUGUGUCCUUCUCAGUACAAUUGUGCAGGAAUAUCUAGACAAAAUUGCAAAUCAAUAAUUAAGAAUUAUAAAGAGCAAAAUCGUGAAGGGUUAGAGCCGUUAGAAGAUGAUUCUAAUACAGAAACAAUAGAAACUAUGAAACACAUUGUACUAUUAAUAUUGCUCCUAUGUUCAAUGUUUGUAGGCCUAUCAAUUUCAAUAUGGACACUUGUAAUGGAAGGAAUGUCAGGAAUAUAUGUUGAAAUAACAUUUUUGGAUGCUUUUUUGAAUUUUGGUCAAACUUUAAUGGUUUUUGCGGUAUUUAUAACAGAUACAGGUGAUAUGUUUUCUCGCAUUUUCAAAAUAUGUAAAAAUAUGUGGUGUGGAUCAACGACUCUUAACCUCCCAUUAUGGGAUGAGCUGAGUUUUGAAACAAAGAGUAUCUGCGAGCAAUUUACAAAGCAUCAUCUAGAACAUUGCCGCCGAGAAAUAGCGAGGAACAAAAGAUGGCGCAUUCAAGUGUACAAGAAUGUAUUCUAUGGACGAGAUUUUGUAGAUUGGCUUGUUGAAGUUGGUCUAGCUAAAGAUCGCUGUGAUGCUGUGAGCUACGGAAAAGCUUUGAUAGAUGGUAGAAUUAUGAGACACACCAAUAAUGCUUAUCAUUUUUACGAUAAAAAUUUACUUUACACGUUUUGUGGCCGUUUUUAAAAAAUAUUUAAUUUUACUUUGCAGUAUACUUAAAUAAAAAUUAAAUUGAAAACAGUCCUAUUGACAAAAAAAAAGUGCUGUGCAUGCUUAUCUUUAUUUAAAUAAAC